AAAGUGAGCUAGCGAGACAAUAUUUACUACUUACUCACUGUACAAGAGAUCGAACUGUGAAUCUCCUACGCGUCCGUUCCUUCUCUUCACGUGGAUUCCACUGUCUCACACUGCCUACAGUCAUUAUGCUCGGCCGACUCGUCGGAUCCGCCAUGCUCUUGGUCGCAACUGCGAUCUUCCUCUACUACACCGCUUGGACUCUGUUGAUGCCCUUUGUUGACCCUGGCCACCCCCUCCAUGACCUCUUCCCACCACGCGUCUGGGCGAUCCGUAUCCCCGUCAUCCUCACGCUGCUAGGCUCAGCAGUUGUGGGCUCAUUCCUGGGAAUCAUGAUGAUCCGGAGCAGCAAGAAGAAGGCUGCCAAGGCGAAGGCUGCCGCGAAGAAGAAGGCUUAAACGGGCUGGAAGGUCCAAUGUAUAAUAGCGAGAGAGAGAGAGAGAGAUCCGAUACCCGGUGUAAAACCACAAUAAUACUUCUGUGCCAGCGACUGUGAGCUGUAUAACUAAUAGUCA